AUGACCGCACUCUCUUCAGAAGCUCACAACGGAGCCACCAACGGAUACACAAACGGAUCAGCCGAGCACAACAACAACAACCACAGCCAGUCGACAACAGAAGUUAGUGGCACAAGCGCAUUCGCCAACAAUGCCUUCUCACACCUCACCCUCUAUACCGGAAACACCAUGCGUACGGGGACCACUGGCCAAUUGAACACCUCGCUCAAGAAGUCGAACCAAGAGUUGGUUUCGGCUGUUCAGGACACAUUGCUCUACUCGGUCGACACUGCCCGUGUCAAGGGCUCAUCCAUCACCAUCACGGACGAGACGAGCUUGGGACCAUUGGCUGGCGAUCGUUCCCUCUAUGAAGUCACAGUCAAGAUGUUCUACCUCUCAGCAACGGAAGGAACACCCCUCUCAGUUGAGCUAUUGACCAUUGCAUUUGCCGAUCUGGAGACCGCAAUGGGAAUCCCCGACAUCAAGAUUGAUCACUUUAUUCUCUCCUUGCCUCACCAGAGCUUUGACGAGAACGGAUUGGACGAGUCCGAGGUCGAGGCAUUCACCACCGAGAUCAAGACCUCGGUCCUGCCCCUCUGGAAGAAGUUGUCAGAGUUGCGUCAGUCAGGACGGAUCGGUCGUUUGGGAGUUGCCGAGUUCUCGAAGCAGCAGCUCGAGAUUUUGAAGACAUUGGCCACGGCCGAGGAUGUGAAUGCGGUCGCACCGGAGGUCAACCAGGUCAACUUGCAGGACUGCUGUGUGCUUCCUCGGGAUUUGAUCAACUAUGCCAAGGAGCAAGGAAUCGAGCUGUUGACACACGGAGACGCUGUUGAGAUUUUGCCCAAGAACACAUUUGCUGCCUUGUUGCAGCCCAAUCUCCCUGGCGCUGCUGCGUCUUUGACUCCUAACUUUGUCCUCAAGUACUCGGCCUUUAUUUCCAGCAGAGGCCUUGUCGCCAAGAAGGGGUGCGUUAUCUGA